GUGCAAAGGCCGACACAGAUGACAGCGCAUCUAAAGCUUUUUGCUGAUUGGUCGCAACUGUCGUCAUUCAGUUGAGCGCGUGACGUCACACAGGAACCGAAGGAGGCGGUCAGACCAAGAUGGCGUUCCGCGAUGAAGCAGGAAAUGUAGUCUGUUUUCAGUAAAUCUCCCCAAAUAAGAGCGUCAACCGGAGCCUGUACGUCCGAGGAUAACCGAGAGACCUAUUUGGAGGCUGAAGACACAGUAGAAACUGUUACUCUAAAUGGCUGCGAGGAAGUCUGGGUCAGAUUUCCACAACAACGGACCCGUCAGUUACCUUGAUGAAGUUCCCUUUAAACUCAAUGAGAAAUUCCGCUGUCCUUCAAAAGUGGGUUUUCCCAUUGACUUUCAUGUACCUGACUGUAAUUCAGUACUUUCAGCACUGCAAUAUGACUUUAGUCUAGAGAGGCGGAGUGUUCAGUGGGGGGAGGAGCUUGCCAAAGCACGAGCUGCCGAGGCUCGUGCAGCGGAGUCGGCGCGGGCGGAGUCUGAAAACGACAGGCAGGCCGCUCCUAACGAUGCAGAUGUCGGAUUGGUUGGAGGAAAGAAAGCACGCCCCUCCGAGGAGCAGGACCUUGUUCCACCAGCGGUGAACCCAGUUUUGGCUGGUUUCUGGCACAGUGCAAUGCUUACACCUCUCCCAGCACCUUCUUUCGGACCACAGCGGCCAGCGCCUAGCAACCCGGCUCCGCAAUGUCUAAACUUGGCUGAUUUUGAACGAGAAGAGGAUCCGUUUGACAAACUUGAGCUUAAAACCCUGGACGACAAAGAGGAAUUGCGGAAUAUCCUCCAGAGCCAACCACAAUCGUCCGUGUCACCACCCCAGCUUCCUCAAUCGGAACCUCAUCCUCCGUCUCCAAGUAGUACGCCUCCUCCCCAGGCAAAAGCAGGAAUCUUCCAUAAACCUAAUGGACUGGUUGGACUUCUGGACCUAGACCAGGGUAGGGUUCUGGCAAACUCCAUGGAACAGAUCGAUACAGACCGCCCAUGUAACAUUCGCUCACUGACUUUCCCAAAGCUAGCAGACUCCCUCUCAGAACCGUCUGUCGGCAUUUAUACGACAACUCCAUCACGCACCCUGUCCAAUGGCACACCUUCUUCUUUUCAAAAGGCUCCACCCCAUACCAACACAACGGUCCACCAAGAGCAAUCUGGACAGGCCCAAAUUGGUACACAGAAACAGACAAACUCCGUCACAGCACCCAACCAUCCGGUAACUUCACCUGCUAUCGCGAUUCUUCACGGCCUCUCUCCAAGCGAACGGCAAUGCGUGGAGACUAUCGUGGGCAUGGGAUAUUCCUACGAGGGUGUCCUAAAAGCCAUGCAAAAACAAGGACAGAAUGUCGAACAGGUGUUGGAAUACCUAUUUACUUACAGUCGACUGUGUGACAGAGGCUUUGAUGCUACUGCUGUGGAGGAAUGUCUGGAAAUGUACCAGGGUUCAGAGGAAAAGGCUCUUGAGUUUCUUCAGCUGAUGUCUCGCUUUGGCGAAAUGGGUUUUGAGCGGGACACUAUUAAAGAGGUACUGCUUGUGCACAAUAACGACCAGGACAAAGCUCUGGAGGAUCUGAUGGCCCGCGCAACAGCGAGCUGAGCCUGAAGACUGUCCACUCCAAGAGCCACCCCUCCCCUGUCCCUCAGUAAGAGAGAGAGAGUGAAAAGAAAAAGGGGCAAGCGAGGAGUCCUGGAUGUGGAAGGAUGUGAUUCUCGUAUCUCUAAGACAGGAUAACUGAUUUUGUACCCUAAUAAAGAUAUACCUCGUGGGGUAGGGAUUGACGACACCAUCCAACGGUCCGUCCUUUCCUCCUCAGCUGUAUGUCUGUUAAGUGAUCUUAGAAUGGUGGUGGUGGGAGGAGCCUAAACCCUCCGCAGAGAAUCUGCAUUGGCUAGUUUCUCUAUUACCGUGGUGACUGGCUGGAGAGAUGGGACUGAAUAUGACAGAAUGUGGACGCUUAAAGCUAUUACGCUGCCAUCUCUCGCUGCUGAACGCAGGCUUUCGAUACUGAAACCUGACCGCACAGUCACAAACACAACCCAUGGCAGAACAGAGAACUCACAGAAGUGUCCUCUCACUGUUUGUUGUUCAUACAUUGCUUUUAUGUUUGACAGACAGAAACACUUUAUCUUUCUUUCUUUUGUUCUUUUAAGAGAUUGUGUUUCUUUGCCGUAUGAUUAGGAACUGCAUUAACAAAACUAAUCACCAAGUUCAGAGGACACUGCAGUAAACUUUUACCCAGUUGGCGUUUGCACUGGAAUGAACAGAUUUGGCCGGAGUAAUUGGCAGGGUUUGAUGGGAAAUACAAUAUUACCAUUAUGUUUUUGAAAACAAUUGACAUGCCAAUGCUGCACAGGUACACUGAUUUAUAGAAAUAUAUUUAAAGAUACACUGUUGCUUUCCAUCAAUAAUAAAGAAAUAGUAAACAGUAAUGAGAUUAACACAUU